AUGCGUCGGGAUGUCGCUGACAGACGACUGGACCACAGAGUGGAAGAAGUGAAGGAGCUGGCCACGUGUCCGCCCAGUCCCAGGCAGAAUGUUCCGGGCAGAGAGCAGCACGGAGUCGAUGAAAAUGGAAGGCCUGAUGUUUCCUUCCCAGGCCCCUUUGUGCUAGAUCGAAUGUCCACUGGACUUUGGGACCCCAGGUGCAAACUGGUCUUGAAUAUAGUUGCUGAUUGUCAGACCUGCCACAGUCAAGUUUGGGUAAAAGUACAGGGUUCACCCGGAGCUCGCUCUGGCAGUGGUGUGACCUACCCUGUGAGGUUUACCGAAAGGGUCCUCCUUCUAGACUCCUAUGAUAUCGUCUUUCUGGAUGCCCUGACCCUCCGUCUGCUGUGUUGUCGCACCUCCCAUGCCAAGUGCAGGGACAUUCGGCAGUGUCCGGAGACAAUUUGGUUGUCACAGCUGGGGAGAAGGGCUGUGCUGUAUGUUAUCAUAGGUUCUUGCCAGCGUUCUUCCAGGUCUCCUCUUUUUCAAUUAUACCACCCCUCCCAAGUAUCACUGGAACGAAUUUCUCCACCUUGGCUGGAGCUCUCCAACACGGCCGUCCUGCACCAGAUGCGGCGGGACCAGGUCACAGACACGUGCCGGGCCAGCAGCGCCGUGAGCCGCAAGCGGCGGGUGCUGACCCCCAACGACCUGAAGCACCUGGUGGUGGAUGACGACCACGAGCUCAUCUACUGCUACGUGCCCAAGGUGGCGUGCACCAACUGGAAGCGGCUCAUGAUGGUCCUGACCGGGCGGGGCAGGUACAGCGACCCCAUGGAGAUCCCGGCCAACGAGGCGCACGUCUCGGCCAACCUGAAGACCCUGAACCAGUACAGCAUCCCCGAGAUCAACCACCGCUUGAAAAGCUACAUGAAGUUCCUGUUCGUGCGGGAGCCCUUCGAGAGGCUGGUGUCCGCCUACCGGAACAAGUUCACGCAGAAGUACAACACCUCCUUCCACAAGCGCUACGGCACCAAGAUCAUCAGGCGGCAGCGCAAGAACGCCACGCAGGAGGCCCUGCGCAAGGGCGACGACGUCAAGUUCGAGGAGUUCGUGGCCUAUCUCAUAGACCCGCACACCCAGCGCGAGGAGCCCUUCAACGAACACUGGCAGACCGUCUACUCCCUUUGUCACCCGUGCCACAUCCACUAUGACCUCGUGGGCAAGUAUGAGACGCUGGAGGAGGAUUCCAAUUACGUGCUGCAGCUGGCGGGCGUGGGCAGCUACCUGAAGUUCCCCACCUACGCCAAGUCCACGAGAACUACUGAUGAAAUGACCACAGAGUUCUUCCAGAACAUCAGCUCAGAGCACCAGACGCAGCUGUACGAAGUCUACAAACUCGAUUUUUUAAUGUUCAAUUACUCAGUGCCAAGCUACCUGAAAUUGGAAUGAAGGGUGGAGGUGGGGAGAGGGGCGAGAAUCGUGCUUUUUAAUUUAAGAUUUUUAUUUGUCAAAAGAAUUCUAUGGAUAUUGGGUUAUUUUGUAAAUUAAUAUUUCUUUGGGGACGAUGCUGCAAGCAGCAUAGUGAGAAUUAUUUAAAAUCCUUAGUAGGGAAGGACGGCUGUCUUUGCAGGGGACUAGGAUGGGUGUCCUUGUUUUUUAGACAUGAAUCCCCCAACAACACUGUUUCAGAGGUUUCUUUGUGUUCUGGUGAAUUCCAUGAAUUGUGCAUCCCAUAAAUUCUAAUUAAUGUUAUUUAUAGUUAUUUAAACAUGGUCUCUGUAUAGAUUUCUUUUCGUGGCAGCAAGAUUCUAACGUCUCUGCAGAAGAAAUCUGUGUUUCGUUCUGUGCUUGCAGCAGCUCGUGCAGGGGCAUGAAUGUUCUCCUUAUUAACCGCUCAGAGAGUCACUGUGAUAACCAUUGUGCUGUCUGUUGAUACCACCAUUCUUGAAAUUCUGCUAGAAAUAAAUAGAAAGAGGCACCUUUGCAA